AACACACAUGUAGUGAGCUUCGAACACCACUCCGUGUCCUGCAACGAAAUCUUUCAAUCCGGCACUUACAUGAUUGCUCUCAACGUGGUUGACAGCCUUAGCAAACCCGUCAAGAACAUGCUCGACCGAGAGUGGACCGAUAUGAAGUCUCCACUACGAAACUACGACACCAAAAAUCCACCACAAUGGAGACUUCAGAUUGGUCUACUCUCGGUCGAGCAUGUUCUCAACGGGUUUGCUAAGUUUGUCAACCAUGCUGAGAGCAACGUUGUAAGUGUCGGAUUGAAGGAUUUCAUUACAGGACACAGAGUGGUGUUCGAGGCUGACUACAUAUGUGGUCCGUUAGACGGACGAAUGGACAGUUAUUGCAUACAUUGUGCAAAAGCGUUUAGGACCCUCACGACCUUUGGCAAACCCGUCGAGAACAUGCUAGACCGAGAGUGGACCGAUCUGAAGUCUCCACUGUGGUGGAUUCUUGGUGUCGUAGUUUCGUCUCCGUUAAUGUCAAAAGCAGGUGCACGUUACGUCAUUGUGAAUACUUAA